GACCUCACUGCACCCCCUGGGCCUUGGGGGGGACCCCAGGAGCUGCCGGACGAGUAGAGACGCUCUGCCGCCGGAAAUGGAGUGGGACUGGUGGAAGAGGCUGUGGUCGUAUACGAAGGCGAACGUGACUCUGGAUCCAGACACGGCCCAUCCCAUCCUCGUCGUGUCUGAGGACGGGAAAAGUGUGAGACGAGUAGACGCGUUGCAGGACCUGCCUGACACGCUGGAGAGAUUCGACACAAGUCACUGCGUGCUGGGCUCUGAGGGGUUCACCUCGGGGCGACAUUACUGGGAGGUGGAAGUGGGGAAUGGGAAGUACUGGGGUGUGGGGUUGGCCAGAGAGUCUGUGAGGAGGAAGGGACGGAUCAGCCCUAGCCCUGAGGAGGGGAUCUGGGCUAUGGGGAUACAUGAGCGUAAGCAGAAAUGGAUUGGGUACCGUAGUUUCUACUCCCCUGGCCAGUGUUUGAGCUCGCGUGAGGCCAUACAGAGGAUAGGGGUUUCUCUUGAUUAUGAAGAGGGACUGGUGGCAUUUUUGGAUGCCGAUAGGAAGUCCCUGUUGUUCUGCUUCCCUCUGAUGCCUUUCCAUGGGGAGAGGAUCCUCCCUUACUUCUGGGUGCGAGGAUCCCCGCUCAGACUGUGUUCUUGAGACAAGGGGAUGGGGAGAUGGAGUGUGUCCCCUUAGGAAUGAGAAAAUGGGCUUCUCUAGCCUCCAACAUCCCAACCCCCAUGGCCCCGGAGGGCUCCCAUCUCUCCGAGCCCCUGGACCUCUCCUCCCCCCGAAGCAGCAAUGCUCAGCAUGUCCAUAAAGAGCCGGCUGGGAGCUGGCCAGAGAAUCUCAUCACAGCGGGUGUCCCCUGGCCCGUUUCCCACUGCGCUCGAUGCCUCUGGAGGCUGCCCAGGCUUGGAACCAUUACCCCAGUCGAUCCAGGAGUGGCCACACCUGGCACGGGGUCCCCCUUAAAUCUUUGGGCCACGGAACGCCUGGCUGGGUGACUUCUGCAGGGGAGGAGUUUAGGGGUUGGAGGCAGAGUUUUGUUGGGGGCUGCCAGAGGGGCAGCUGCUGGGUUUGUGUGAUGGGGUUUUCCAAUGCACCCAAAUCCCCUUGUAAUUCCCUGCGUGGGGUCCCUCCCUGCGGCUCCGUUGGAAAUCCCAGCUGGGCAGUGUGAGCUCUUCUCCGCGUUCAGAGCAAGCUGGAUAAAGAUCGCGCCGUACAACA